UAAUGGCAUAUUACAUGCACACAGACGUUUCUUUAGGUCACACAAGGUUCAGUGGAUAGUUGUUUCCUGGGUCACACGAGGUGUAGCGGGCAAUUAUGAGUUUCCCGUUUUAUCUCAAGGUCCCUGUCCUCCCUAGAAACUCCCUGUUCUCUAUUGAUAUCUGCUCGUUCUCACAACACCUUAUUGGCAUCAUAUCAGACAACUACUCUAUCUGACGAAUAUCCUGUUUCUUUCUUUCUCACAUACACAUAUUGCUGAAGACAUGUUUAUAUACGCCUUGUUUCUCUCUGCUCAGUGUUGUUCACUUUGCAGACUCUUCGACUCUGUAAACUGUGCUCCUCUGGUUGCAACUCAGAUUAAAUCAACUUGCUUGUAUUCAUCCGACUCAGUUCUCGUGCUUCAUCUCACUCACAAAAGUUCCCAUAACAAUUUGGUGUCAGAAGUGGGAUCGUCUGAGAGUCCGUUGGGAUCAAAAGGACGCCGGCAGUGCACACCUGGAAUCCAGGAGAUCUUCCUCUACCUCCAACCAAGUAUUCAGAGAGAGGGGACCGGCGAUCCAAUUGAUUGACUGACUGGCUCCACGACGAUCCAAGAUAAAGCUAACGUCCGAUUGAGACGGUGAGAUGUUGACUUUCCAAAUUCCAAAUUUACCAAUGAUUCAUGAAUAAUGAUAAUGAUUCUGUAAUCAAUAGAGAUAACUUCUUUUUUUAUGUAUUUUCUGAGUCUGUGGAUACUUGCAUUACUGCUGGUCAUCAUUUUCCAUUGUUUACUUCCUUUUUGUUUUGGAACUUGACACGGAACUGUCAUGUUGUAGGUUUUGAUUGAAGGGGUUUAUGCCCUUGAAAUUGAAACUGAGUUUGUAGGUAUAGGUUUUUAUAACCUGAUACUGAGUUUGUAGGUAUAGGUUUUUAUAACCUGAUACUGAGUUUGUAGGUAUAGGUUUUCAUAACCUGAUACUGAGAUUGUAGGUACAGAUUUUUAUAAUCUGAUACUGAGUUGUAGGUACAGAUCUUUAUGGUCUGAUACUGAAGUAGGUGAGAACUUUCCACUCUCACUGAGGUAGGUGAGAACGUUCCAUUCUCACUGAAGUUAGGUGUGGGUUAUAGGCGUCAAAGACCUACACCUAGGAUUAUUUACUAGAAGUCAGGGACUUACCGGUAGACAGGGUCUAUACGAGGUAAAUAAUCAAAAGAGUCAGGGACUCUUGGUAAAAAGGAAACAUGGGUACCCAAGGAAGUAAACAAGCGAAAAAUGAUCCGGACAGUCCAAUUAUUCUGGCCAUGAAACAAAAAUAUGGGGAUCAAAGUGUUGAAUGUUUGAAUUACUGGGUAACAAAUCAUGGAUUCCCAGAAGGGGGAUCGUUGAGCAAAAAUCAACUGAAAAAAACUGCGUGAAAGUCUUGAGAAAGAAAGACAGACAAUUAUGAGCAAAAAGAGAGUGAAAAGUGAUAAAAUGAGAGAGAUUGAAAAGAAUGAAGGAUGUCUGAAAAAAUGGGAAGAUGAAUGUGAAACGAGAGAAAGGAGACAAGUGUGCAAAAUGAUAACAUGUAUGAAAGUCGAUAAGAAAGACAAAGGAAGUGAUUUUGAACCUAAGAGUAAAAAGAAUUCUCUCUAUCCUAAACUGACAGGGUGCGGUCAGAGCUCUCUGGUUGAUGACGCUUCCUGGUCCCUCCCUCGAAGACAACCCCCUCCCAAGGCAAUGGCUCCGCCUUCGGUUCCUCCUCCAUACAACGCCUCAUCUGCCAUGUCAUCACCGAUGUCAUCCACAUCCUCUUUUAUGAACACUCCCUCAUCAGGCUCCAGUGUCCUCACUUCCUCCUCCCUCUCCCCUCCAAUUGCAGCACGCACCAGACAACAAUCAGAUUCAGCUUUUACGAUGCCAAUGGUGCAAGUUAUGGGUCCGGAUGGAAAUCCAGGUUUUGUCUACCGCCCAUGGACAACUCAGGACCUGAUUGAUUCAGGAUCACACCUCCCAAAGCCUGCACAAGGUGGUGCCACCAUGGCACGAGCCUAUGUUCAGUUCAUCAAAGACUUCACACCAACCUCAGGCGAAAUCCAGAGAGUCAUGAUGAAAUACAUGAAACCAUCUGAUUUCUCCAAGGUGAAAGACAUUUUCCAAAGAGAUGGCGACUACAGACCCCAAGCGGUGAAUUGGGACACUAAUGACAUGCUGACCAUGCAUACAAAUGCCUGCAGGACAAGAAAGACGCUGAAAAAAAAAAAAAAAGAAAAGAAAAGACACUGAACACAGAGCUAUGUUAACUAUGCUCUCCCUGAACAAGUUGCAGUACCAUCAACUCAACCACUUCCAGUUCAGCAUUACGGUGUUUCACAACGAGGAGGAAGAGGCAUGCAGAGAGGACGCAGGCCAUGGCAAGGAGAGAGAUCAGGUCCAAGAAUGGGACCGCCACCAGGCUACGAUGUGUGCUUCCUGUGUGGCAAUAAAGGACAUUGGGCAAAGGAUUGCACACAAUUCCGAGGCCGAGGCAGAGGAAGAGGUGCUCCACCUAGAGGCAGAAAUGACCGUUGGCAACAAUCAUCUGACUGAUCUGAGAGACGAGGGAGGGGAGGACCGGAUGCGUGCGUCACCCAGACAGCCUACCCUGAACCUUCAGAAAAGGGGAGUGAGAAUGACACACACACACACACCACUCACACGCUUACAUCGCAGCAACAACACCAACUACUCACAGAGACUAUUGAAGUUUUACAGAGAAAAUCUGACUUUAAACCUAUAGGAACAUACACCAUGUAUGAUGACUCAAUGGUGCAGAAACUGCCCACUAUGAUUUUGAAUGUUGCAGGAAAAGAUGUUACAUUUAUGGUUGACUCAGGUGCAACACGCACAGUGUUAAAAUACUCUGAAAUACCUAAGGCCAAACUCAGUGGCAAUUUCAUGUAUUCCAUUGGUGCAUGUGGAACAACAGUCAAAGAAAACUAUACAUCUCCAACUACGUGUUCUCAUCCUGAACCAUUUACUAAAGUAAAGCACUCAUUUUUGCUUUCCCACGUCUGUCCUUUCAACUUGUUAGGACGAGACCUGAUGAUGGCUUUUGGCAUCGACUUAUUUCGACACCAGAAGGAGUUAAAGUUGUGAGACGAACAACUCCACCCAAUCCUGAAGCCUAUAUAAUGGCUAAGUAUCAACCUGAUUUAAUCUCCUCACUGCUCUACAUAUACCAAUGGAAAGUUGAGAGUGUUUUGGCUCUAUCUCUGACUGAACGUGCACAUGCACUGGUUAGCCCAACUGCAGUUUUCAUGCAGCCUGAGGCACUCCAUUGCACGUCACACGUGACAACUGACCUUGACAGAGACUAUGAAACUGAAUGGUGGACUGACAUCAACGAUACUCUACUGACUGACUCUCUCUACUGGACAGACCUACGAUGUGCACUUUCUGUCAGCUUAACAGCUGAACAACAACAAUUUUUUCUGAUUAACGAUUCACAUCCACAUAUUUCGCUUUCCAAAGGACAAACUGAUCAAUGGAGAUAUUUAGGUCCAUGGACAAAAUCAUGCAUUGAGCUCAAAGAUUGGCAAUCUACACCCGACCCACAUGUGUCAUACUCGCCAAAGGGGGGUGUUUUCAAAACUGCAUGCAAAUUAACCGUGGCUGCUCUGAAAUCUGUCUACUUGCUAGACCACAAUCUUGAUAAAACCGAACACAUACACCAAAUGCUCUCCGCAGAACAGAUCCAUCCAGCCCUUGCACGAGUCCCACCCAAAUUGUGGGCACAAGGCAAAUAUGAUGUAGGUCUCAUAAAAAAUUGUGAACCUGUAAUAGUCACUCCUAAGUCUGACUACAGGCCAAAACGAGUUCAGUACCCUCUGCGUCCGGAAGCCGUCGAAGGCAUUAAACCUGUUUUUAAAUCCUUAUUGGAAGCUGGUGUUAUUAUCCCAUGCGAUGACUCACCUGUCUGCACUCCUAUUUUUCCAGUUCAGAAAGCUAGAGAACCACCAUCUCUACCCGAGUGGCGAUUUGUUCAAGACUUAAAAGCAGUUAAUGCAGCUGUUCAUGCCAGAACACCAAGUGUUCCUAACCCGUACACUUUGCUUUCACAAGUCCCAUCUUCUGCUAAGUGGUUUUCAGUUGUUGAUCUAUCAAAUGCAUUUUUCAGUGUUCCUGUUCACAAGGAUUCUCAGUACUGGUUUGCAUUCCAGUUCAACGGGAAAGGUUAUACUUUCACCCGUUUAUGUCAGGGUUUCACUGAAUCACCAACAAUCUACAAUCGGGCUUUAUGCGAAUCAUUGUCGCCUCUAGUGCUCUCUGAUGGCACUACCUUACUACAAUAUGUAGACGAUCUUCUGAUCUGCGCUCCAACUGAAAAACAAUGCAUAACUGACACUAUCAAACUGCUCAAACAUCUGGCAGAAGAAGGUCACAAAGCCAGCUUAAACAAGCUACAAUUUGUCAAACAAGCUGUGACCUUCCUGGGUCACAUAAUUUCUGGUGAAGGCAAAACCAUGUCUCCAAAACAUAUUGAAGCUUUCCAAAAGAUUCCAAAACCAAUUACCCAACAACAAAUGCUAUCUUUCCUGGGGAUGUGUUCCUACUGUCGCGCUUUUGUCCCUAAUUUUUCUGAGGUUGAAAGACCCCUCAGGACCUUGUGUCACCAAUCAGGCAUGACCUCUCGCUCACAACUUGAGUGGACACCGGAAGCAGAAACUGCAUUCCUAAACUUGAAACUUCAACUUCAGUCUCCUCCUACACUUGGACUUCCUGACCCAACCAAACCAUUCACUCAGACCGUGGAUGAACGUUCGGGUUGCAUGACUUCUGUCCUCCUACAACCUCAUGGUGACAGGCUUCGUCCUGUGGCAUAUUGCUUGGGUAAACUCGAUCCUGUAGCAGCAGACAUGCCAAAAUGUCUCAGAGCUGUAGCAGCUGCUGAAAAAGCCCUUUUGGCCUCAAGAGAUAUAGUUGGCUACGCUCCUUUGACUCUCCUUGUGCCACAUGCGGUCUCUUUGAUCCUUUCUGAGCAGAAAACAUCACACCUUUCGGCUGCUAGACACCUUAGGUAUCAUACGUGUCUUCUUGACAUGCCUAAUGUCACUCUUAAGAGGUGUACUGUUCUAAACCCUGCUACUCUGCUCCCUCUUCCACAGGAUGGUGAGCCUCAUGAUUGCAUGGCUGAACUUUCAGCAUCUUGUUCUCCAAGACCUGAUCUGACAGAAACGCCCUUGACAAAUCCUGACCUUGUCCUCUAUGUAGAUGGCUCUGCUUCAAGAGACCCAGCUACAGGUCUCUGCCGUGUUGGUUUUGCUGUUUGUUCUGACUAUGACGUGAUGAUGUCAUCAUCUCUUCCACCUCACUUCUCAGCUCAAGCUGCAGAACUUGUGGCCUUAACAACUGCCUGCCAAUUAGCUAAGGGUAGAUCUGUAAAUAUCUACACUGAUUCCAGAUAUGCUUUUGGUGUUGUUCAUGACUUUGGUGCACUUUGGAAACAUAGAGGUUUUCUGAAAUAUGAUGGCAAGCCCGUUUUGCAUCACACACUCAUUGCAGAUCUCUUAGAUGCCAUCCUUCUUCCUUCUGCCAUUUCUGUGUGUAAAUGUGCUGCUCACACUAAUGCCUCUGACCCAAUUUCUACAGGUAACGCUCGAGCGGAUGCAGCUGCGAAGGCAGCUUCUCUUCUCCCUUUGUUUGACUCUUCUGUAUCACGUACUUUGGUUUCAGUUUCUUCUGACGUACCAUCUUCCCUCAGUGCUGUUCAAUCUUUUGCGUCUCCAAAAGAUAAGCAACUUUGGAGAAACGCAGGCCCCGACAACAACCCGUGUUUGCCUUCCCAUUUCUUCCCUCACUAUGCUAAAUUGACGCAUGGGUCUGACCAUGCAUCAAAAGGAGGGAUGCAGCAAAUGAUUAAUACAUUUUGGUUCACAAAAGGGUUUUCUGCCUAUGCUCAAAAACACUGCCAAGCCUGUGUUAUCUGUGCUACUCACAAUGUAGGCAGGGCAAUCCAACCUUCCCAACAAGCUGCUCAUCCUCAACCAACUCGACCUUUUGAGCAUGUCAUGAUGGAUUUUGUAGAACUAACUCCAUCAGAAGGAAAGUCUCAUUGUUUAGUGAUGGUAGACAUGUGGAGCAAAUGGGUUGAAGUGUUCCCAGCCUCAAAACAAUCUGCCUCAGUAGUAGCUAAAGCCCUUCUUACUGAAAUCAUUCCCAGAUGGGGAAUUCCAGCUAAAAUCUCCAGUGAUAAUGGUAGCCAUUUUGUUAAUUCAGCUAUCACUGAACUGAGCCUAUACUUAGGCAUUAACCUGAGAACACACUGUGCCUACCACCCAGCUAGUGGAGGUGCAGUAGAGAGGGAGAAUGGAACACUAAAGAACAAGCUGGCCAAGUGUUGUGAAGACACAGGUCUUCCAUGGACAAAAGCACUUCCUCUAGUGCUUAUGUAUAUGAGAAUGCGAAAACGAAACAGAACUAACUUGAGCCCCUUUGAGAUUCUUUUUGCAACUCCUCCUUCUGUAGGUGUGGAAACUCCCCGAUCUCCACCCCCAUCAACAGCUCUUUGUGAUCACAACACACUAACCUACUGUACCAAUCUAUCCAAACAGCUCUCUGAUAUAAAGAAACAGGUGAUCGCAGCCCUCCCUGUUCCAGCCAGUGGUCCCCUGCACCAGCUCGAACCAGGUGACUUCGUGGUCGUAAAAGACUUCAGGAGGAAGUCGUGGAGGAACAGGAGGUGGCAAGGUCCGUUCCAGAUCCUGCUGACAACCCACACUGCUGUGAAGGUCGCUGAGCGGGCUACCUGGAUCCACGCCAGCCACUGCAGAAAGGUUCCAGCACCCCCUGCUGGUUCUCCUGAAAAACUACAAACUCCGGAGGCUGCUAAGUAAGACUUUGCGUUCACAACAGGCACACAGGCGACCAAGGGCCCGAAGAAAGAAAACAACAAGUGGCGUGCAGACGUAGUUUCUGUGUCACCUUCGUGGGCGCAAGAAGACCUACACCACACCACACCCUACACCUGUUACAACAUUUCACUGUCUUUAUUUUUCACACAGUGACUCUCCCCAUGCAAGUCUGUAUAUUUUUAUGUGCUGUUUGUCUAGCUGUAUUAUUCCUAUGGUCAACAAAGUUGUGGGCUCCUUGUUCUUGUUGCAGAUGGUGCGCUAUCACAUGCUUUCUGUCUCUGCUCCUGCUCCCCAGGUGACUUUGGACGACAUAGCUGCUGCUUAUGCCCUGACCGAGGACACGAGCACAGACGACUCACACACUGAUGCUGACUCUGAUGAAUGUGUAUAAAGGAUUUUGUUUGACAGUAACCCAGUUCUCUCUUUGCUAUGCUCUACUCAGGAUGCUUUCAUCCACAAAAACAGCUUGCAACUUUUACCUUAAGGUUUUCCAUUGAAUUGUAUUCUGUGUGACGACUGAUCGUAAACCAGUUGGAAUGCUCAGUCUGAAGUUUUUGAAUACUGUUCUUUUCUCCUAUUUGAUUGUCAUCUGGGAUUUUGUUGUGUUAUAUUGUGUGUGCAUAUUUUGGUAAUUCUAUUGUUGAUUGUGUUUUAUUGGUUGUUUUUCUCUUCCUCGUUUAUCCUUAAGGAUAAAAAGGGGGGAAAUGUAAUGGCAUAUUACAUGCACACAGACGUUUCUUUAGGUCACACAAGGUUCAGUGGAUAGUUGUUUCCUGGGUCACACGAGGUGUAGCGGGCAAUUAUGAGUUUCCCGUUUUAUCUCAAGGUCCCUGUCCUCCCUAGAAACUCCCUGUUCUCUAUUGAUAUCUGCUCGUUCUCACAACACCUUAUUGGCAUCAUAUCAGACAACUACUCUAUCUGACGAAUAUCCUGUUUCUUUCUUUCUCACAUACACAUAUUGCUGAAGACAUGUUUAUAUACGCCUUGUUUCUCUCUGCUCAGUGUUGUUCACUUUGCAGACUCUUCGACUCUGUAAACUGUGCUCCUCUGGUUGCAACUCAGAUUAAAUCAACUUGCUUGUA